GUCGUUUGCAUGUUUUUAAUUUGCAUGGCUGCUGCUUACGUAGAUAGUCAAAUGAUCCAUGUUCUUCAUCAUCAUGAAAAGGAGAAGAAAAAGAUGUUCCUGGGCGUACAUAGGAUGAUGAUGAUGAAGAAAUGAUGGAAAUUAAAUGCAGAUAUUGAUGAAUAGAAAUUAUAGAUAGAUAGAUAGAGCGUCUGUACGUAAAUAAUCGAUCAUGAGGAAAAUACAGGCGGUGGCGAAGAAACGAGCCAACACGAUAUUCGGGACGGGCGGAUCGGGGGGCGAGGAAAUGGAGGAAAUGGACGACGAGGAGGUCGGAGAAGUUGUGGAAGCGGAGAGAUUUCUUCCAAACGGCGAUUACUACACGGGGCAAUGGGCGGGGAACUUCCCGCACGGCCAAGGCAAGUACUGGUGGACCGACGGGUGCAUGUACGUGGGGGAGUGGCACCGUGGGAAAACCAUGGGGAAAGGCUCCUUCAGAUGGCCGUCCGGGGCGACCUACGAGGGCAAUUUCAAGGCCGGCUUCAUGGACGGUGAUGGCACAUACAUCGGCCCCAACGGGGACACCUAUAGAGGGAGAUGGGUAAUGAACGUGAAGCAGGGGCGUGGCGUGCAAGAGCUAGCCAAUGGGGAUGUCUAUGAUGGGGAAUGGUGUAAAGGACUACAUGAGGGGCAGGGUAUAUAUACAUGGAGCAAUGGGAAUUACUAUGUUGGGGAGUGGAAAGGUGGGGGGAUUUGUGGGGAAGGGAAAAUGGUUUGGGCAAAUGGGAAUGUGUACCAAGGACACUGGGAAGAUGGGGUGCCUAAAGGGAAUGGGACAUUUAGAUGGGAAGAUGGGAGUUACUAUGUAGGGAAUUGGAGCAGAGACCCUAAGGAACAAAAUGGGAAUCAUUACCCUUCAGAAACUUCAGUAACUGAGUGCACACUUAUAGACUGGGAUCCUCAACAUGUAUUCAAUGUGGAUUUGAAGGACUGCAAGGUUUGCCCAGCUGACAAAGUCUUGAUCCUCCCUUCCCAGAAGAAGCUGGCAGUCUGGAGAUCUGCAAAGACUAAAGAGAAACACUGUUAUGGCAUUCGGCCCAAAAGAAUGUCUGUGGAUAAUGUGAGAUUAGAUAGGGAUUUUACUCGUUCUUCCCAAAGUUCUUGUGCAUCCGACGAUACGACCUCGAGUACCUUCCAUGAAGAUGCACCUGGGUUUCCACCAAGAGGGAGCCCUAUUAGGUUCCCCAAGGUUGUUGCAAAGAAGCAAGGAGAGGUUAUCUGCAAAGGCCAUAAGAAUUAUGAACUCAUGCUCAAUUUGCAGUUAGGCAUCAGACAUGCUGUUGGAAGGCCUGGUCCUUCUGCAUCACUAGAUCUGACGCCAUCAGCAUUUGAUCCCAAGGACAAGUUCUGGACAAGGUUUCCACCAGAGGGAUCAAAAAGCACUCCACCACAUCCAUCCUGCGAAUUCAAAUGGAAGGACUAUUGCCCCAAAGUUUUCAGGGCAUUGAGGUUGCUGUUCAAUGUGGAUCCAGCAGAUUACAUGAUGUCCAUUUGUGGGAACGAGGCCCUCCGGGAGCUCUCCUCUCCCGGGAAGAGUGGAAGCUUCUUCUACCUCACAAACGACGACCGUUACAUGAUCAAGACAAUGAAGAAGGCAGAGGUAAAGGUGCUUUUGAGGAUGCUGAAUGCCUAUUUCAAUCAUGUUCGCGCAUUUGACAACACCCUUGUGACCAAAUACUUUGGCUUACAUUGUGUGAGGCUAACAGGAACAGCACAAAAAAAGGUGAGAUUCAUGAUCAUGGGGAAUCUCUUCUGUACCGGGUAUACAAUUCACAGACGAUUCGACUUGAAAGGAUCAACGUUUGGCCGCUUGACAGAUAAGCCUGAAUCAGAGAUUGAUGCAACCACAACUCUCAAAGACCUCGAUCUUAACUACAUAUUUCGAUUGCAGAAGGAAUGGUUUGAAGAGUUUCGAAAGCAAGUAGAUAGGGACUGCGAGUUGCUCGAGCAGGAACGAAUAAUGGACUACAGCCUCCUGAUUGGCAUUCAUUUUCGAGAAUUGGGUAAUGCUGGUGGAAACCAUACAGUUGUGGAGAAUGGUGAAGGGUCAGAACCAGAAUCCUCUCAAGCAGAUAUGGAUCAUUUGCCCCAAGAUCCUACAUGCUCGGGCGAUAUGAAACUGGGGAUAUGCAUGCCUGCAAGAGUGGAAAGGACAGAAAGGAGAUGUGAUCCAGAGCCACAGCUAGUAGGGGAGCCAACAGGGGAUUACUAUGAUGUAGUGUUGUUCUUUGGAAUCAUAGACAUACUUCAGGACUAUGACAUCACCAAGAAGCUUGAGCAUGCCUACAAGUCCUUCCAGCACGAUUCGAAUUCGAUAUCAGCCGUCGAUCCAAAGGCGUACUCGAGGCGGUUUCGCGAUUACAUCUUCAAAGCCUUUGGAGAGGACAGUUAGAUGGAGAUUUUUGGCCUGUGUAUCCAAAGUGCUUGUAC